AUGGUAUUUUAUGAAGGUCGUGCAGGAAAUGGAGGAGGAGGAAGUAAAGGACCUGGAAGCGGCGGUGGCUCUGGUGGAGGAGGAGGUAAAGGACCUGGAAGUGGCAAUAGCCCUGGAGGAGGAGGAGGUGGAGGACCUGGAAGUGGCAAUAGCCCUGGAGGAGGAGGAGGUGGAGGACCUGGAGGAGGUAAUGCGGGACCAGGAGGUAGUGGUGCACCUGGUGGAGGAGGAAGCGGUGGGAAAGGUAAUCCUGCAGGCGGUGGAGCAAAUAUUGGACCAACAAAGAGAGGUACAUCUCCGAUUCCAACAACAGCACCGCCAACGACAAAUGCAGCCUCAAAAACAACAGUUACAGAUCCAACAACAUCAACGCCAAAGACAACUGCAGCUCCCACAACUAGAGCAGCACAAAAGACAACUGCAGCUCCUACAACAACAGCGGCACCAACGACAACCAAGGCUCCAACAACAACCGCGGCUCCAACAACAACCGCGGAUCAAACAACAACCGUGGCUCCAACAACAACCACGGCUCCAACAACAACUGCAGCUCCCACAACAAUAGCGGCUCCAACUACAACUGCAGCUCCAACUACAACUGUAGCCCCAAUGACAACUGCAGCUCCCACAACAAGAGCUGCGCCAACAACAACUGCGGCUCCCACAACAACAGUGGCGCCAACGACAACCGUAGCUCCCACAACAACAGCAGUUCCAACAACAACUGCAGCCCCGACAACAGCGGUGAAAACAACAACAGCAGCACCAACGACAACUGCAGCUCCCACAACAACAGUGGUGCCAACGACAACUGCAGCCCCCACAACAACAGUUCCAACGACAACUGCAGCCCCUACAACAACAGCGGUGCCAACAACGGCAGCAGCACCAGCGGCAACUUCGGCUCCCACAACAACAGUGGCGCCAACGACAACCGUAGCUCCCACAACAACAGUGGUGCCAACUACUACUGCGGUUCCAACAACAACUGCAACUCCCACAACAACAGCGGCUCCCACAACAACAGUGGCUCCAACUACAACUGUGGCCCCAACAAAAACUUCAGCUCCCACAACAACAGCUGCGCCAACGACAACUGCAGCUCCCACAACAACAGCUGCGCCAAGCACAACUACAGCUCCCACAUCAGCAGUUCCAACGACAACUGCGGCCCCAACAACUAUAGCGGUACCAACAACGACAGCAGCACCAACGACAACUGCUGCUCCUACAACCACAGCAGUUCCAACAACGACAGCAGCACCAACGACAACUGCGGCUCCUACAACCACAGCAGUUCCAACAACGACAGCAGCACCAACGACAACUGCGGCUCCUAAAACUACAGCAGUUCCAACAACGACAGCAGCACCAACGACAACUGCGGCUCCUACAACAACAGCAGUUCCAACAACGACAGCAGCACCAACGACAACUGCGGCUCCUACAACAACAGCAGUUCCAACGACAACUGCGGCCCCAACAACUACAGCGGUACCAACAACGACAGCAGCACCAACGACAACUGCAGCUCCUACAACCACAGCAGUUCCAACAACGACAGCAGCACCAACGACAACUGCGGCUCCUACAACCACAGCAGUUCCAACAACGACAGCAGCACCAACGACAACUGCGGCUCCUACAACAACAGCAGUUCCAACAACGACAGCAGCACCAACGACAACUGCGGCUCCUACAACAACAGCAGUUCCAACAACGACAGCAGCACCAACGACAACUGCGGCUCCUACAACAACAGCAGUUCCAACAACGACAGCAGCACCAACGACAACUGCGGCUCCUACAACAACAGCAGUUCCAACGACAACUGCGGCCCCAACAACUACAGAGGUGCCAACAACGAUAGCAGCACCAACGACAACUGCGGCUCCCACAACAACAUUGGCGCCAACGACAACUGCGGCUCCCACAACAACAGCGGUGCCAACAACAACUGCAGCUCCAACAACUACAGCAGCACCAACGACAACUACAGCCCCAACAACUACAGCAGCACCAACGACAACUGCGGCCCCAACAACAACAACAGCACCAACUACAACUGUGACUCCUACAACAACAGUGGUUCCAACGACAACUGCGGCCCCAACAACUACAAAAGUACCUACAACAACUGCAAUUACUACAUCUACUGAAGCAUCCACGCCAACAGCAGCGCCUAAAACUACAGAUGGUGACUGGGGAGACGGUGGAGGUUCUGGAGGUGCUGGAGGAGCUGGAGGCGGAGAUGGAGAUUGGGGAGACGGUGAUGUAUCUGAUAGCUUUGGAGGAGCAAAAGGUUCAGGAGGAGGAAGAUCUGGUGGAAGUGGUUCUCUCGGAGGAGGAGGUGGAUCAACUGGAGGAGGAUCAGGAGGUGGUGGAUACAUGAGUGGAGGUGGUGGAUCAGGAAGUGGUGGAUACAUGAGUGGAGGUGGUGGAUACAUGAGUGGAGGUGGUGGAUCAGGAAGUGGUGGAUACAUGAGUGGAGGUGGUGGAUCAGGAAGUGGUGGAUACAUGAGCGGAGGUGGUGGAUACAAGAGCGGAAGUGGUGGAUACAAGAGCGGAAGUGGUGGAUACAUGAGCGGAGGUGGUGGAUCAGGAAGUGGUGGUGACGGAGGGAUUUUAGGAUAUAAAUUCAUUCUUGGAAAUGGUGUUCAGUACAAAGUAGUCCAAGGAAGUAAUGGACAAUAUAAGCUAAUAGGAAACGAUGGGAGUGUAAAAUACCUAAGGCCUGGAAGUAAUGGAGGAUAUCAAAUAAUCAAUUCAGAUGGUUCCGAUUCAUCAUAUAAGAUACAACAGCGAAGCGAUGGAAUAUAUGAAAUUGCUUAUGGAAGUGGAAAUGGCGGUGGAGAAUACACAAUGAGUGGUGGUGGUGGUAACGGAGGAGGAAUGGAGGGAUAUGAAAUCGAACUUGGAGAUGGCACUAAGUACACAGUAGUCGCAGGAAGCAAUGGACAAUACGAGUUAAAAGGAGAUGAUGGAAGUAUAAAAUACCUAGUGCCAGGAAGUAACGGAGGUUAUCAAAUAAUCAAUUCAGAUGGUACAACUUCACCGUACAAAGUACAGAAAGGAAGCGACGGUGAAUAUCAAGUUAUUAAUGAUGGAAGUGGAGAUAGUGGUGGAAGUGGGGGAUAUGAAACGAGUAGUGGUAGCAGCGGAGGAGGACUUGACGGAUAUGAACUGAUUCUUGGCGAUGGUACUACGUACAAAGUUAUUCCAACAAGUGAUGGGCAAUAUGAGUUGCAAGGAGAAGAUGGAAGUAUAAAAUACUUAGUGCCUGCAAGUAAUGGAGGGUAUAAUAUAGUUAAUUCAGAUGGUACAGUUUCACCAUAUAAGCUAAAACAAGGAAGCGAUGGAGGAUAUCUAAUAGUUAAUGAUGGAGGUGGAACAAAGAAGCGUAGAAGAUCAGGGGGAUACAACAGAGCACCAGCACAAAGUGGUCCUAUACCUGAUGGCGCUGUUGCAGCUGGGGGUGCAGGUGGAGCUGGAGGUGCAGGUGGUGCAGGAGGAGCUGGCGGACCAGGAGGAGAUGGCGCUUUUGCAGCUGGGGGUGCAGGUGGAGCUGGAGGUGCAGGUGGUGCAGGAGGAGCUGGUGGACCAGGAGGAGGUAAUGAUUCAAAUUCAAUUGCAUGCGAGCUAUACAAUCUGUUACCAACAGAUUUUAACGACUUUCAAGGGUAUAAAAAGCAUUUCAAAAAAUUAUGAUUUACACAGGAGGUAGCAAAAUGUUGGGCAAAUCAUAUGGGCUCGCUUGAAAGA